AUGAAUCGGCAACGGGUAAGCCGUUUACCACGGCGGAGCUCCAUCCAGAUAUCAAAUCAGUGGAAUAAGCAAACAGUUGCUACAGCCGAUCCUCUUUACGAUGGAGCAGAUCCCAAAAAGUGGUUUGUGAAAACACAGACAUUCAAUGGCAAAUUCCUAGGCGGGUUCAACAAAGAAGAAGUCAAUGGUCAGCUAAUCACAGAUGGUAUCGAAAAGUUCAAAAAUAAUCCGGUAAAAUACAUGGGUAUAAUGUACAUAACUGAAGAAAUGAAGGAACCAAAAAGUAACCAGGGCUACGCUCUUAUCCUUCGCGAGAAAGGAUCCAAGGUUUUUCCAGCAGAUGUUGGCCCAGAUGGCCGAUUUACAAUAAUGACUCAGGAAUAUCGACGGCUGCCACCACUGAAAAGCGACACCUUGCCAAAGCUAUGCCGUGAUGAUUACACUGAUAAUAUGAUCUACAAGGGGAAGAAACUACACACGAAAGCGAACAAACCACUAAUGCCUGGUCGUGGAAUGGGACUACUGGAUCAGCCGAAUAUGAAGUUGAUUGGGACCAUCGAUCCAUCAGAUGUCAAGCAAGGUAUAAUUGCCGAUUGCUGGCUCCUUAGUGGCAUUUCGACUUUAGCAGAAUUUGAGGGUGGAAUCCAACGACUUUUUCGAAAAACAAAGAAGUUCGAGUUGAUGCCGUUUGAUGACAAACCAAACAUGUAUACCGUUACACUUUGGGAUAUAUCGACAUGGACAGAGGUUGAUAUUGUAGUCGAUGAGCGAUUAUGCAGUAGACCGGAUGGGCAAAAUCGACGGGGGGAAAUGAAAUUGUUGGGAGCAAAACCCUCAGACGAUGGCGAGUUGUGGGUACCUUACUUGGAAAAAGCAGUCUCAAUUCAUUGCGGUGGGUGGGACAAGAUAUCUUACGGCGCAAACUGUAAUCAUGCAUGGGCUAUUCUGACUGGAGUUAAAGAACAAUGUACAAUCCUUCGAGUUGCAGACGAAAAUUCAAAUUGGGGUUGCUAUGCAAAAUAUGAUCCAUUCUCAAAAAAGUUCGCAGAGCUCGACAAUGAUCCGUGGAAAGGUUUCCAAAGUGUAUAUACAGUGCCUUGGCCAGAAACGGAAGGUGCGGGCUUUGAUGAUUUCAAAGAUACCUCUGAACUCAAUGACGUGCAGCUCUUUGGCAAAAUGUGUGAUUGGGAUGACGGAAACUUCUUAAUGGCUUGUUCGAGCAAGGGGCAGAGUGAUCGAGAAAACACUGACGGCAUAGUAAACAAACAUGCAUAUGGCGUUGUUGAAUGCAAAGAUAACGUUGCUGGGACAGGUAUGGACAUGAUUCAGCUGAGAAAUCCUUGGGGCAAAGGAGGUGAGCUAGAAAACGGACAGUUUGCCAGAGGAAAAGGCCCUGGGUGGAAGAAGUACCCGAAGUUGAAGCGUGAACUAAACCCUGACCAAGAUUCUCCCGGAGUAUUUUGGUUGACUAGGCAAGAGUUUUUCAAGUAUUAUGAUAAGAUCUAUCUGAGUGCUGGUGAUAUGAGUGAAUUUUUGGGAUUGAAGCCACCGAAGCGGGGCAAACCAAAGGACGAGAAAGAAAUGGAAACGGAUAACAAAAAGCGCAAGGUUGAGACGCCAAACGACAAACAAACUGCUUCGAAUGCAUCAGCAUCGCCAGUUAAGAAGACAAAGUCUAUCUCGAAGCCGGUGUCUCCGAAGAAAGUUAGUCCAAUCAAGGCCAAACCAAAGGGGUUCGUAAAGGUGGAGAAGAAUAUUCCCAAGAAGGGCAAAGGCAAAAAGGGUGCAUCAGGUUUCUUCAAAGCAAUCCCGAGCUCGAAGGGAGGUGGCUUCCAGAAGAUGAUCCCUAGGAACAAGAAAGAAGAGAUGGCGCAAGCAAAGCUUGAAAGAGAGACGAAAGAAAAGGAGAAGCUAGAGAAGGAAAGGCUAGUCCAGCAGGAGCUAGGGAAGGAGAGGCAAGAAAAAGAGGAAGCAGAACGGCAAAGGCAAGAGAAUGAAAAAGUAGAAAAGGAGAAACUGGAGCGACUGAGACUGGAACGCGAGCAGCAGGUCAAAGCGAAACAGGAACGAGAGAGGCUAGAGAGGGAAAGGAAGGCAACACUGCAGCUCGAGAAACAGGAAAGAGACAGGCUCGAACGAGAGAGUAAGGCACAAGAGAAGCAGGACAAACAGGAAAGAGACAGGUUGGAUAGAGAAAGGGGGGCACGGGAGAAAAAGGAAAGAGACAAGCUCGAACGCGAGAGAAAAACACAGGAGAGACUCGUACGUGAGAGACUGCAAUGGGAACAGAAGGAGCAAGACAGGCUUGAAAAGGAAACGGAGGCAAAAGAAAAGCAGGAGAAAGAAAGCAAGGCCAAGCUUCAGCCGUCAUCAAAUGCCGGAAAGUUCAAACGACCAGCCAAGAAAGUGGAGUCUCCAAAUCACGAUACCGACCGGGGAAUGGAAGACGACUCAAUGAAGUUGCAAGAAAUGGAUUCAAUCAUAGCUGAUCUUCAGCGACGACUUGAUGAGGCGCAAAAGGAGACGACGGAACUGCGAUCUCAGAAUACGACAUUGGCUGCCAUUCAAGAGGAUCUAGAAGAUGAGGCAAUGGCAUACGAAGGGCAGCUAGAGACUAAGUCAGAAAUUAUCGAUACAUUGACAGAAGAGCUGAACCAAGCAUAUGAAACCGCAAAGCCUCAAGAUGAUGCUAAAGAAUUGAUUGCGAAGAAUGCCGAAUUGAGGGAGAAGACUGAAGAAUUGAGUGGGAAGACUGCAGAAAUAGCGAAGCUGAAGAAGGAGCUCGCAAAGGCUAGAAGCAACGCUUUGUCGCAGUCAGACCAGAAGACUUCAGUGAUGCAACACCGCCGAGAAAUCGAGGAGAAAAAUGCAAUCAUUGCGUCCAUGCGUAAGGAGAUAGACAAUGGAAAGAGGCGUACAUCGGCACUACAGGAUAAAGCCUCGGAAUUGGAAAGCACAAAACAGGAAUUGGAGAUUCGCAAUAAAGGACAAAAGCGCAAAAUCGAGCAACUUGAGAGGGAUGAUGGGGCCAGCUCCUCUCUACGUGCAGACCUCCAAAAGGCGAAAAAGACGAUCCAAACUCUUUCGCAAGGCAAGAUUCAGAGCCAAAGAGAUCUAGCAAAGAAAGAAAAACGAAUCGACUUUUUACGCAGUGAGCUUCGUGAAGCAAACCAAGCAAUCCAGUCGCUUGAGAGGAAAAUGGGAGGAAGUCGCGAUCGCGAUCGCGUGAGGCUCAAUCAAUUGAAGAAGCAGCUAGAAGAUAAGGAAGCUGAACUACAUUCAAAAGAUGCGAAGCUAAAAAGUGGAGAAAGAGCUGGAGUAGAGAGUCGGAAGAGACUACGAGAAAAAGAUGAUCGUAUUAACUCUGUAUUGAAUCAGCUCCAGCAAUCAAGAAAAGAAGGUAGAGUCUUGGAAGAAAAGAACGAAGUGAUGAGCAAGAAGCUGAAGAGCAACGAGCACCAUGUGUCCUUCCUAAAUUCACAGCUUGAAGAAGCAAAGCAUCUAAUUCAAACUCUCGAGCAAAGGACCAGAGCUUCUCGUGACAGGGAAGUUGCACGGCUGCGCAAACAACUCGAGACCAAACAAGAAGAAGUCAAUACUCAGAAGCAUCAACUGCAGCAGGCAAUUGAUUCGGCCCAGAGUGGUCGAAUUGCCUUACGUGCCAAAGAACAGGAGUCUAUCGACCUUCGUGGAGCCCUUCGGCAGCUGCGAGGAGAAUUUCAGUCUCUAGAGCAAGAGAAAAAUGACAUUUACGUAAGGGAAAACCGUAAGGUGAAACAGCUUCAAAGCCGUUUGAGCACCACAGAAGCUGCUCUCGAGACUGAAAGGGAGAAGCGCAAGCAGUCAAAUGAUAGAGUAGACGAACUCGAAGAGGAAUUACAUAGAGAAAGGAACAAACGUCAACGCCUGAACGAAGAGCAAGUAAAUUACAGGAAUCCAACCGAAGCUCCAGAAGCAGACCAGGUAUUGAAGGACAAAGAGGACGAGUUGAACUUCAUGGGCAAAAAGCUCAGAAGGAUGACCCUGCACCAACAGCAGUCAUCCAGGCACCUGGAGCAAGAAAUGAUUCACAAAGAGGACCAAAUUUCAGAGUUGCAGCAACAAGUUGACGAUCUGCAGCGAGAAAACGAAGCGCUUUACGUGAAGAAUGCAACUCAAAAGUCACUGAACAAGAAACUCGUUGAACUAGAAAUCGAGCUCGACAAGAAGAAUAGUAUAGCUGAAACGUGGAAAGAAGACGUGGUGUCUUUGCAGAAUGCAAUGGACGAGCAAAAGAAUCGCAUUGAACGAAUGGACAUGGAGAUGACGCAUAAGGAUUCUUCGAUUCAACUACUUGAGCAAAAGAUCUUGGAGCAAGCCGGGAUCAUAGCUCAGAAAUCCACUGGAAGUGCUAAGUAUGCGAAGGUCGUUGCUGAUUUGAACAGAGAGCUUGAAAGUGCUCAAGAGCAGCUGAAGCGACGUCGUAUCGAAAGCACUAGCGAAGGAGCGAAUAUAAAGCGAACGGAUGAGUUAGAAAAAGAACUUCGGGAAGCUAGAGAUGACUCUGACGCGUCACGGCAAACAAUCAAGCUACAAGAAGCUGAUUUAGAGGAAAAGGAAGCCUUGAUCCAAAGCCUGACGAGAAAAUUAACGGAAAGAAAACAAGAACCAAGUUUAGCUUCGGAACGAGCACAGGGACGAGAGCUGAGUUUAGGUGCACAGAGAGUACAAGAUCCAGGUUUAAAUGCCGAACGAGCGAGUAGACAAAAGGAAACAACUUUGACUAUAGAAAGAGUAAGAGAGCCCAGGUCAGCCGCAGAAGGAGCGCGAGAAGCGAGCUCAAGUUGGGAAAGACUGCGCGGGCCAACUAUGACUGCUGGUUCGCGAGAACAAAGCUCGACUACAGAACGGGCCCAGCGACCAAGGUCAAGCGCACCAGAAGAUCUCCCAUAUCAACCUCCAGAUGUGAAAACGAGUCUUGAGUCAGAAAAGGAGAGCGAAGAGAAUCAACAGAACGCCAAGAGAGCGCGAUCGAUAGAGAAAGUCCACCCGCCUGAACAUGACAUGCAUCUGAGGAAAACGAGUAUAGCAGAGCAAGGUAGCCCAGAGAGUCAAGAGAUAGACAAGGGAAUGCGAGCACUGGAGCACUUACAACCUGAUUAUGGUCGACUUCCAAGCAACCCCAACUUGCAUAUACCUCAGAAUGAGAGUUUCGACAACAAUGGGAUAGUAUAUAGCCACCUUCACGCCCCAGAACUACCUGAAUACGAAAGCCAGACAAAGUCGGACCCACCCGCCCGGGGAAUUGCAACCGAGGCUGAUCAAGUAAGAGAUCGUGGCUUGGUUGCCACAUCUCCACAUUUGAACCACCUUGAUGUUUUUCCUUUACAAACUGACGACGAGAAUCGAGCAAGACGUGGAGGUUUCGAUGAGCCCGAAGGCGAGAAAUGGGAUGACGAUGAGACCGAAGAACACGACUUUAUCGAGUCACAGAAUGCUGAGGAACACAGAUGGAAUGAGAAGUCUGAUUUACAGGCGUUGCGACUGAGAGACGAAACCCGAAUAAAGCACAGUCAUUUCGAUGAAUCAAUAGUUGCAUAUGACGAGGACAUGGAUAUGCACAAGGCACAGCCUAGCGCCGAAAGACGAAGGAUUCAUAGAGACUUCGAUGAAGCCAAUGACAUGGAGAAGUGGAAUGAUGUGUCACAAAUGUACGAGUUGGAGGACAGGCGAAAGACGAAUAGGGAUAUCGACGAAGCAAGUGAUAUGGAUGAGGAGAAAUACAUUGGUGAUCCUCGUAUGCACGGCAUACGCACGAGAGGCAAGAAUCGAUUGGGCCGAGAAGAUUUCGAGGAAGCCAAAGCAAUUGGAGAUGAAGAAUGGAAUGAAGAGUUUAGCAAGUUCACAUCGAAUCCCAGGGACCAUACACGACGGAGACAUGGAGAUUACGAUGAAUACAGUCUUCAUGAGCACCACAAGUGGAAUGAAGAACCAGAUAUGAUCACAUCAAAUCUUCCACAGGAGAGACGAAUGAGACAACGUCGAGACUUUGACGACCCGAUAGGCAUGGGCGAUGAGCAAUGGCAUGAGGAGUCAGAUUUGCAAACUUUAAGGCCCAUGGACGAAAGUUACAGAAUGCGUAGAGAUUAUAACGAGCCUCGCAUCAUGGAGGAUGGGAAAUGGAAUGGCGAGCUUGGAAUGUACAUCAAACCAACCCCUUCGUCCAGAAGUCAUCAAGAAAUGAAUCAAGACCCGUCUCAUAUGGCGAGAUCAAGAAGAAACACUGCUUAUGGACAGCGAAAGCACAUGGAGUCGUCAACAAAAGACCGUAGUCCGUGGUACUUUGAUUCACAGUCGCCAAUAGGUAAUUGGAACGAGGGAUGGGACUCGAAAUUAAGGCGCCAACCAGAGGAAGGGCUCAGAGAAAGUCAUGGUGCACGAAGAUUGGAUCCUAUAAGUGAUGCUCCAAAAACUCGGAAGGUUAGCAGAUAUGGCGACGGAGACGGCGACAGUGAUCACUCCACUUCAAAUGCACAUGUUGUAGGCUCUAUGAACUCAUGGGCUGAAAGCACUGGCCCUCGACAGCAAGAGAGACUUCGGUCGCAGAGAAUCCAAGGAAAAGAAGAUGAUGGAGGUCCCGAUUCUAUCAACGAUUACCUAGCAAGACUGUUUGAAAAGGUUCAAGCGACGAAGUCGGAGCUUGAGGCUACACAGAAAAGGCUGAAUCACACUGUAGGCAGGCAUCUUGUUCUUGAAUAG